ACGCCCACGUGUCCCGCCCACCGGCGCUCCAGCCCGCGCCGCUCUUCGCCCCCCUUCAGUUCUCCUGACUCUUAACCUCCCUCACCAUCCGGACUGACCCACCUGGCACCGCUCUCCUUGCCCUCCACCAUGCGCGCGCUCCUCGCCGUGACGCUGCUGCUGCUGCUUCACGCGGCCGUUCACGGGCUGCACGUGUUCGACCAGCCGGGUCUUCUUUUCAGCCAGCGGAGCCAGUGCAAGCCCAUCCCGUCCGCGCUGCACCUGUGCUACGAAUUCGAGUACGCGGACAUGCGCCUGCCCAACCUGCUGGGUCACGAGGCCAUGAGCGAGGUGCUGCAGCAGGCCGCGUCGUGGGUGCCGCUCGUGCAGAAGCGCUGCCACCCGGACACGCGCAAGUUCCUCUGCUCGCUCUUCGCGCCCGUGUGCCUGCAGGACAUGGACGAGCCCAUCCGGCCGUGCCGCUCGCUCUGCGAGGACGUGCGUCGCGGCUGCGCGCCCGUCAUGGCCGCCUUCGGCUUCCCGUGGCCGGAGAUGCUGCGCUGCGCGCGCUUCCCGCUCGACGACGACCUGUGCAUCCCCGCGGGGGAGAGCGGAGAGCACGUGACCAACGCGACCGUGACAGCGCCAAAAGUUUGUGAAGCCUGCAGAGAGAAGACAGAGGAUGACAAUGAAAUUGUGGACAGCCUUUGCAAGAAUGAUUUUGCUCUGAAGAUCAAGGUCAAGGAGAUCACCUACUUGAACGGCGACACGAAGAUCAUCCCAGAAACCAAGAGCAAGACUAUAUACAAGUUGAGCGGAGUCACCGAGCGAGACCUGAGGAAGACUGCGCUGUUGCUCAAAGAUGGAAUGCAGUGCGUGUGCGAUGAGAUGAACGACAUCAAUGCUGCUUACCUGGUGAUGGGUCAGAAGCAAGAUGGCAACCUGGUCAUCACGUCGCUGAAGCGCUGGCAGAAGGGUCAACGCGAGUUCAAGCGGAUCUCCCGCAGCAUACGCAAGUUGCAGUGCUGAGGAUGGGCGCCAGAGACGUCCAGUAACUGUCAUAUAUAUAUAUCUCUAAAGUUGAGCCCACAAACCUCAGUGCUUUUCCACAGUGCUAUAUAACACCAUAGAACAUAAUUAAUAAAGCAUGGGUCUUAUUUUAGAAACACAAAUUAAGGUUGAGUGUCGGGUGCACGGGGUUUUUCAACUAAGGCACAUUUUAAAGCCAUGCGUCAUUUUUCUGGGCACAAAGAGGGGAACUAGAUCGUUGCUUAGUUUGUGCCCAGAAAUCUGCCACAUGGCUUUCUAAAUAUUGUCUCAUAGAACCCAUAAGUAUGGUGCUGUAGAGAUCACCCAGUGGGUCAGAUUUCUCCCUCCUGUACUUCAUCACCAUCUCGUUCAGACAUUAGAGUGAAUUAACUAUCUUAAGAUAGACUCACAGCCGUAUCAAAAAAAAGGUUUGGGGUCAGACCAUAGAAUUUUGUGCCCUAGGGAACCUUGAAGUUCUUUUCUUCUUUCAAAAAUUUACUUUCAAAGAACCCUUUUGUAACAUUUUUAGAAGCAUCUAAAAAACCUCCAUGUAAUGUAAAGGUUCUAUUUCAAUUACAUUUUUUUCCAGAGCUGUACAUCCAAGCCAAGAAUGAUCGAGAUUAAGAUUUGCAUCCUUAAAUGGUUCUUUGCAUGGUGAAAUAGUUCUUCAGACUGGUGGAGGAUGUGUGAUGGUUCUAUAUGAUUAUGAUGUCAAGCUUGAACCCUAUACAACAUAUUCUCCAUCACUCUGAAGAACCAUUUCAACAUGCAAAAAACCAUUGAAGCAUGCAGAUGGUUCUGUAUGGGACUUGUUGUUCUUAGUAGAACCAUUGUGUUUACUUAAGACCCCUUGAAGAGCCAGCUUGUAGAAGAGUGUACGAGUACUACAUAGAACCAUUUGCAUCCUUAAAUUCUUCUUUGCAUGGUGAAAUAGUUCUUCAGACUGAUGGAGAAUGCGUUAUGGUUCUGUAUAGAACAUUUCUGAAAACAGUAA